UAUUCCAUGAAGAAUCAGACAUAACAUCUAUCUGUACCUUAUUGUCAGCAAAAAUAUGUUAUUAUAUUAUUAUGAUUGAUUCAAGAUCAUUACACACUUCUACAUAGACACACACACAUAGACACACACACACACACGAAGACAAAACAUAAACACAGCAACACUAUAAGACAUUCCCACAAAUGUUUUCAUUCAGACGAAGCGAGCGAAUAAACUGGCAUGUGAACAACCCACACGUGUUCUCCUGUCCGUUUCUGAGCGAUUCGUCUCCUUGUCUCCUUGUCUACUUCGGGCCCGAAGGGAAGGCAUUCACGAAGGAAUCCAGGGUCUCUUUCUGGGUGAACCCAACAAGCUCCAGAAUCCAUGGAGAAAAACAGUCUGUGAAAAAGAUGAAAUACUGCAGGAAGUGAAAGAAUUCAAGCCCAGCACUGAGGUCCUCAGAAUUAUGUUGUAUGGACCGAUUGGAGCUGGGAAAUCAUCCUUCAUCAACUCAGUCCAGAGAGUCCUCUUAGGCCGCAAUGCCAUGAACACUCUGGAAAACUCCACAAAAAGUGGAGGAAGCUUCACAAAAAAAAUGAACAUACACAAGCUGAAGAUGGGCAGAGGAGAGCAUUAUCCGCUGGAGAUUGUUGACAUCAUGGGGAUUGAAGCACAAGAAGGAAUAAAACAUGAUGACAUCAUCAGUGUGUUUAAGGGACACAUUUCAGAUGAGUACAGUUUUAAUCCUGGGGUAACAAUAGCUGAUGACGACCCGCAUUACAAAAAGAACCCAACUUUGGGUGAUAAGGUUCACUGUCUGGUGUGUGUUCUGCCUGCAGACUCGGUCUCAAUGUUGGAAUCCAUGGUCUUUGAAAAAAUGGACCAUGUUAGGAAGAGUGCUAGCCGGCAUGGAAUCCCUCAGGUCAUUGUGAUGACCAGGGUGGAUAAAGCCUGUGAGCUGGUUAAAGGGGAUCUAAAGAAAAUGUAUUAUAGCAAGAAGAUCCGAGAUAAGGUUCAUGAGUGCAGUAAUAAUGUCGGCAUCCCAUUAAAUGUCAUCUACCCUGUGAAUAACUACUCUGAAAUCAUCACCCAAGAUCCUGAUAUCGACCUGUUCCUCCUCAUUGCACUGAGAGAUAUUCUCAAUUUUGCCAAUGACUAUGUAGAACGUGAGUUGGAAAAAGAUGACAACUGAUGAGAGAGAUAUGAACAAAAGCUUCAGCUUUCAUGUUAACAUCCCUUCAACACUGUUAACUAAAUGCAUUCUGGGACUGGGAUUUCUCACUAAUCUGUGAUUGAACAUUAUCUCUUGUGUUUGAGAUUGUUCAAAGAAAUAUUUUAAAGAUUCAUGGUGAAGUUUUCCUGAAAUGGUCAGUGGUUUUUAGGAAUCUUUAUUUAUUGUAUAUUGUCUUGGUUGAAAAGUUUGUUUGUGUAAUAGGAGUGACUUUAGUGCUGCAUAAAUAUAGUUAUCAUUAAAAAAUGUA